GCCAUUUUGCAAGAAUGUCAGCCAAAUCAUCAGCUCGCGUUUAUAGUUAACAUUUUUUUGUUAUUACAGUGAAAUUAUUGUAGUUUUUUGCUUCUACAAGUAGUAAACUUUUAGUGUGCAGUGAAAUGGAUCGUUUUAUCAGCAUGUGGAAGGUUCGGGAGUUGGCGGACAAAGUCACAAACGUAGUGAUGAACUACACAGAAGUGGAGGGCAAAGUCCGAGAAGCGACCUCCGAUGAGGCGUGGGGUCCAACGGGUCAGCAGAUGCAAGAACUAGCGUUGGCCACGUUCACAUAUGAGCACUUUCCGGAGGUCAUGAGCAUGCUGUGGAGGCGGAUGCUGCAUGAUAAUAGAUCGCAUUGGAGACGGACUUAUAAGUGCCUCCUCCUACUAAGUUACUUGGUGCGCAACGGUUCAGAGCGCGUGGUGACGUCAGCGCGCGAACACAUUUACGAUUUGAGAUCGCUUGAGAAUUACACGUAUGUCGACGAUUUGGGGAAGGAUCAGGGUAUAAACGUGCGACACAAAGUGCGUGAACUGAUCGAUUUCAUCCAAGAUGAUGAGAAAUUACGAGAGGAGAGGAAAAAGGCAAAGAAAAACAAAGACAAAUAUAUUGGCAUGUCCUCCGAAGCGAUGGGGAUGGGCAUGGGUAUGGGAAUGGGGAUGGGGAUGGCGGUUGGGAGUAGGUCGAGCGGUGGGCCUGGGGGGUGGGGGGAGUAUAGCGAUAGGAAUACCACUUGGGACGAGGGCAAAGAACGAACUGAAGAGGAAGAAUAUGAUCGUGAAGAUUCCGAUGGUGAAUAUGGACACAGGAAACCGAAUAAAGAGAACGUAUACAGUGACGCGGAAGCCGUAAUCACAGAGAGUCCAUCCCUCGCCCGUGUGCUUGAUGAAGAGCGUUCUGGGGGUGUUGGGGGUGUUGGAGGUGUUGGGGGUGGGGGGAGGAAGCCGCUCAAUAUCAACCUGCGCAGCCCAGCCAGGAACAAACCGGUGACUCCGAGCAAGACUAUUGAUCUUGGUGCCGCAGCAACGUACGGCAAGUCGCAACAAAACCAACAAGCAACGAAAACAACAACACCAAAAGCAACAACAAACAACAACUCACAAGAAUUACUGGACGAUUUGUUCAAAACGUGCGCGCCCACUGAAGUGGCUAGUACUGGUGGUGAAGAUGAUUUUGAUCCUAGGGCGGAAGAAAUUAAAAAUGCAGCGAAAGAGGAGUUUGGUGAUUUCACAAAUGCGUUUUCAAGUCCGCCGAAAGAAAGUGGUGAUGGAUUUGCUGACUUUGCUAGCGCUUUCAGUGGACCCCCUGUGCAGACGGACGUUUCAGCUGCCUCGAACCUGGACCUGCUCAGCGAGCUCACACCAACCAGUGGUGGGGGCAAUAUCUCCACCGGGGGUAGCGGGUUCGAUAUCGACGCGCUUACUGGGACCUUUGCGGACACGAGCAUAUCUAGUUUGCAAGGCGACACGAGAGCUCUCCGCACCGACACACUCGUUCCAGAGCUGCGGGGACUCACACACAAGAUAUUAACCGAUAUACGAAGCCAAGAUGAAGCCAUUAAAAUAAAAAUAUACAUCCACAAAGUGCUAAACCUCCUCCCCGGACCAAUUACCCCGCAAAAGUUGUUUGGGAAUGACGAAAAAAUCAUAAAUUCCAACAAUAUAGAUGUGUAUACCCAAGUUUUGUCCGGCUGUGUGACUCAACUAUUUCCCCAUUGGCCGGUUUUCAAACAAGAAUUAGUUGCGUUAUUCACUUUAGAAGAAAGCUUUCUCCUGAGCCAAGAAACUUUGACCAUCAUGUGCGGGUUUAUCAAGGAGGAACGGAAUAAUACAGUGUUGGAAGCGCUAGCCUUCAUAAUGCAAAAGUUUGCAAAAAGUGAUGCGGUUUUCGCUGCUAUAGUAGACUGCUGUCUCUCGAUCGGUGAUGGCAGGGAGAGAUAUAAAGUGCAAACGGAUUGGGAAACAUUUGUACAAUAUUAUAUAACUUUACCGGAAAGAGUUGCGAAUCGAUUAGAGAUUAGAACGCCUAAAGAAUUCUCCCAUGAAAGUUUCUCUUUUAUAGUCGUGUUUCAAAUCGUUCGCUGUAUAGACUUCAUGGCGGAAAGUAGUUACAAACAAGGCAUCAAAUAUGACUUGACCUGCCUCUCGCAUCUAGUUUCCAAAUACAUUAAUUACUACAAUAAUACACAGGCGUUCCAACACUUUAUUGAAGUUUUUAUUGCAUGGACAGAUAAUGAAAAUAACAACCCGAAUAAAUUCGUCAUGAGAAAAUUGAUUCAGACGCUCUCAUACCAUUUAAAUAGACAAGCGAUUGACAAAUUCUCAGUGUAUGUUUGCAAAAAGUGUCCAAUCUAUUAUAAGAAUAAAGACCAACCGAUCAAAACGUUGCUUGGUGAUAAUAUUGAUACUAACAAGGAUUGGAACGAAAUUCUAACAUAUAAAAUACCGUUCAACAUUCACCCGGAAAAUUUUAAAGAUACAACACUGCAAGAGAACUUGAUCUAUUAUAUUGCGUCGAGUAAAAAUGCGAGCAGCGUUCUGAAUGAUCUAAUCUUUAGUCUGAGCAAAGUUUGGGCCGAUGUUCGUUCCAAGAACAUUGCAGAUGUAAACCAACACAUGUAUACGUCAAUUUUAUUAUUAUUAGCGGUGAAAUACAAAGUAAUGUUGGGAAAACAGAGCAAGGGCGCGUGGGAUGUCAUGCAGUUAAAGAAAAUACUCUUCAGAGGCAUGACAAAACACUUAGACGUGAUAGCGCAAGAGUUUCGCUGUAUAGGAAUGGCCACGGUGGAAUUAAUACUGAAAAUGCUGAUAGAAGUCGACGAAACAGACAGAAAGGCUGUUAAAAAGUUGAAAUUUGACUACAGUGACAUGGGCAACGCGUGUCUCGAUAUAUACAAUAUUCUCAAAAAUGUCACUACUAAAUGUUUAUUCGACAAGGAUCACGUGAAACCCGCUAACGAAUUGAAACCGGCUAAUUUAAAUAAAACGCUCGAUCUUAUCGCGUUUAAAGUAGAUGAUGUCGAAAGGCCAAUACACAAUACGAUACUAACCUGCGCUGUGAAAAGUCCAGAACAAACAAAAACUAUAGUAAAGACAAUUAUAUCGGUUAAAUUGGAUGAAUUGAAGAAAAAUGGCAAAGACGAUGACUUAGAUUCAGACGAUGAUCUCCAACCUUACGAUAUGAGCAACGAUGUUUCGGAAUCGGCAAAAAAGAAACCGCACUAUUUGAGAGAUCUCCUCGACAUGCUAAGAGACGCAAAGGACGUGGAAUACUUUGAGAUAGCAUUGCUGAGUUCAGAAGAAUUAGUCCAGGAACAGAUGAAGAACGAACACAGAGUACUUGCCAUAGAGCUGUUAGAUCUGUUUGUGCAUUUAGAAGAGAAAUUCCACGUUGAAAACUUUGACCACAUUAGGUUUAACACGGCUGUGGCCAUUGUCUGUGCACAGCCUAAAGAUUGCGCGGAACAUUUGUGCAAAGAAAUACACACAGAUAUAGGCAGAUACUCCAUAGCCACCAAGAUAUUCAUGUUAGAUGUGCUCUCCGAAUCGGCCAAUCGAAUCGCCGGCGUCAGUCCUACGAUGGAACUGAAACAUAAAACUGAAACGAAGAUUAAACCUGAGGAAGCAGUCGCUGAAGAGGUUAUUAGACUCCGUCUUAUCAAUAAAACAAGAUACUUUCAUUCUAAACGACAGCACCCGUUCGCGAAAGCGAAGAAAAAUCAAUUCGCGGCGGUCGCAGAUUAUUUCUUCUAUCCGCUAAUUGGAGGAUUUGGCCAUCGGCAGCUGACGCUCAGCCAUUACAAUACAAAACAAGACGUUGAUAACAUUCUACUCUUAAAAUAUCUAACCGUGAUCGGAAAUAUCAUUCUGGCCUCUAAGAAUUGUCCAAAAUGCGCGAUGUAUUGCAAAGAAGUCAUCCCUAUGGUUUUAUACAUGCGUUUCUCGCCAGAACCCGAGAUUCAAAAGUGCGUGAUCUCAAUGAUAGCUUCCAUAGUGAUGGUUUUGCCUGAAAGCAUUGUAAGGGACGAAUUUUCGACUAUGAUGUCGGAGAUGUGCGCUUGGCUUAUGGACUAUUUGAAUAAUAUGGACUUGGCCACUAAAAUGAGUGGUGGGAGAACUGAUGCGGGAAUUUUCGCGGGACAAGUGUUACAUUUAAUUGAGAGAAGCCUCACUGAUUAAUACCAAACUUUGGCCUCAAUGAGCCGUGCUAGUUGCAAGAUCGUUAAGAUAACCAAAAACUCGGAGGCUAAAACAGAAGUACAUUUAAUAUAAGUGUAUGGCCCGGAUUGUAGGUGAAAGGGUAAAAUGAUAUACCAAAAAUUAAGUUUGGUAUUUGAAGGAAUAUUUUGAUUAAAAGGAAUUAAAAGAAGGUUUAUUCAUUAAUGCUAUCCUAUAAUUUAGGUCUCGAUUUGGAAAAGGUCUCGAAUGAAAUAAUUUCUAAAAUUUUUUUAAGCAUGUUUGGAGACCAUCUAGUCAGAAAAGGUUGACAAUAUUUUGUGUAAAUCAAAGUUUGCGUAUAUCAAAAAUAAUUGUUUAUGGUACGAAUAAAAAUAUAAACUGCUUGGUGUUGUAAAAUUUUUGAUUAUUUGAUGUAACUGCUAUUCAAUUUAAAUUUUAAAUGUAAAAUUCUAUUUGUAAUGCGUAAUCCAAGAUUAUUAAGAAGUUAAAAGUUAAUUUCUGUAUUGGCUGUCUAGUAAUGUAAGACGACAUAAUAUGUAUUAUAUUCCGAGAUAUACCGGCUAAUCUCUUUCGUAAUGUAUAGAUUAUAUCUCAAGUAAGGAGGCAACAACAGUAAGUUUUUAUGAUACAGUGAAAGAAAGUCCUAAAGUAAUUGAUCGUAAAUAAUAUCGAUCAAACCCAAAAGCUAUAUGAAAUAUGCGUCAAUCAUCAUAAGAUAUGUCUGUGUUAUUUACUCUUAAAAUAAUUCACAUAGGAAGGAAAGGGAUAGCAAGCUAAUAGUUAUUUUCGAUUUUAAGAUACUUCUCAUGAAUUUUAAUAUACUGUGCUUUGACUGACUGUAUUGUAUAAAAUGCUUUUAUAAAACAGACAAUUAAGUGCUAUCCUUGUACGAUAUGCAAGUAUACUCUGUAUUCUAUACUAUAAGUGCUGAUUUACACAGGGUCAGUAACUGACUACAAAUUCGAGGCAAAUCAUUGCUGACCCGAAAAAAAACCCUGUGUAAACAGAUUUAAAGUCAGUACAGAAGCUUGAAGUCAGUUAAAGUCAG